AUGUUGGACACUUUCGAAAUAGUCACCACUUCAGGGGUGGUUGUGUGGUCUCGCAAGUGGGCUCCUGUCAAGCCCUCUGUCAUCAACAACUUCAUCACAGAUGUCUUCGUGGAGGAGAAAAGUAUUGCUGGCACGCUGAAGACGAACACCUCUGCCGCCAGCAAUGCGCCGUAUAAGACCGACCACCACACCCUACGAUGGACCUUUGUCAAGGAAUUGGGCCUUAUUUUUGUUGCUGUGUACCGGUCAUUGCUGCAGCUUUCUUGGACCGACAAGCUUGUUGACAACAUCAAGACCAUCUUCGUUCAGCUGUACGCCGAUCAGCUUACGAAGCCCAACACGACCCAGAUUGAGUGCCGAAACUUCGACCAGUACUUUGACCAACAGCUGCAGGAGCUGGAGAAGUUGGACGCGAAGAGCCCGGCUCAGCCUCAACCGGCUCAUGCGACGAACGAGAAGGAUGCCGUCUCCGGAAAGCAGGGCGACGACCCUCCCUCGCCCAGGGAACAAACCUUGUCCGUCGAGUCCACGCCCAUAAUCUCUCGGCCCUCCACUCCUGCGAACAAUGGUGUGCUCCUUAGCGACACAAGCCCGGCAGCGAAGCUCUCGAGACGGGCUCGCAAGGCGGUCAACAGGACCAACUCGGCGCCGGCAUCCGGGGACGAGACAGCUGGGCGUAAAGGGGGGAAGGGUGUCAAGCAGGGCAAGAAAGGGCGCAAAUGGGACGACGACGGAAUGCCCACCGAGGAGGACGACAGCGUCAAACUUGACUACUCGGGGGCUAGGGCUGAUGAGGCCGCGGUGGGGCGGUCCUCGGCCCUGGAGGAGGUAGACUCCUCGACGUGGGGAUCGACGACCAAGGGCAAGUUCGUGCUCAAGGAUCUCGGCGAUGAGGUCCACUCCAUGCUGGCUGAGGCGGAGGCGCAGAAGGCAUCAGCCAAGACGGAGCCUUCAGGUGGUCUGGUAGGCUCCGGUCUGAGUGCCAUCAGCGGCUUGUUCCGGAAUAUUGUUGGUGGUAAGACCUUGACCAAAGAGGACCUCGCCAAUGCGAUGAAGGGCAUGGAGGAACAUCUGCUGCGCAAGAAUGUUGCCCGAGAGGCGGCGGUGAGGCUCUGCGAGGGUGUCGAGAAGGAGUUGCUCGGAGUGACCACAGGCAACUUCGAAAGUAUCAACGCGCGCAUACAGAAGGCCAUGGAGGCCUCGCUCACCAAGAUGCUCACGCCAACAUCAUCCCUUGACCUCCUGCGCGAGAUCGACUCCAUUACCUCGCCUUCUGCUACAUCGAUGCGCAAGGCUCGGCCUUAUGUCAUGUCGAUUGUCGGCGUCAACGGCGUUGGCAAGUCGACCAACCUGUCCAAAAUCUGCUUCUUCUUGCUGCAGAACAAGUACAAGGUCCUUAUCGCCGCCGGCGACACAUUCCGAUCGGGGGCCGUUGAGCAACUUGCUGUACACGUGCGCAAUCUAAAAGAGUUGACCGCGCGGGAGGGUGGUGAGGUCGAGCUGUACCAAAAGGGAUACGGCAAGGAUGCUGCGACCGUCGCCAGGGACGCUGUCUCGUAUGCGGCCCAGCAAGGCUACGAUGUUGUUCUCAUCGACACCGCAGGACGGCGACACAACGACCAACGGCUCAUGUCUUCGCUGGAGAAGUUUGCCAAGUUUGCACAGCCGGACAAGAUUCUGAUGGUUGGCGAGGCACUCGUCGGCACUGACUCUGUCGCUCAGGCGCGCAACUUCAAUGCAGCCUUCGGCUCGGUGCGCACACUCGAUGGGUUCAUCAUCUCCAAGUGCGACACCGUCGGAGACAUGGUGGGCACUCUGGUGAGCCUCGUUCAUGCGACCAACGUGCCGGUUCUUUUUGUCGGCGUUGGACAGCACUACAGCGACCUCCGGAACUUUUCGGUCAAGUGGGCUGUCCAGAAGCUCCUCAACAGCAAUUAAUCUCUAAUCAUGGCUCGUCUGUCCAAUAGUUCUGGCAAACCCCCACAUUUUGUUGUUCACUACUUUGAUACAGCCCUUUUCCUUGUGUUUCUCUCUAGCUGCCUUGUCUUUAUGACUGGAUGCUCAGAGCUACUGGGCCAUUUCCUCUAUCUUCUCAAUACACAACUCUUAUCCAUAUAGAAUUUCACGUCAGUCUCCUGGUAC